AUGUCUAUGAUCGCUACUGCUUCUCCUUCUCCUCAUCCCUCGUCCUUCGGUAUGCCGCGCCCCUGGGAGACCAACCGAUGUCCUGACUAUUCGCUCCGACCGAGGACCGAGAACGACAAAGUUGCUCUUCCUUCGAUUCGACAGGCUUUCCCUGAACUACAACUCCAAACUCAAGCACCACAUGACCUUAAUACAAAGCCGUUGGCAACAGGACCCCCAUUGGGUACUACGCCAUUGACUGCGGCAUCACCUCAAUAUGUACACUCACCCAAUUCUAGCAAGAGGAGAAGGUUGUCAAUGGAGCGCGAGGUGGAGAGCGAGAGAGUUCGUCAAGUACCACGUCUAUGCUACAGCCCCGACCGAGAGUCACCAAGACAGAUUUCACCAAACCUACCAAUUCAAGCCGGAACACGGGAGAAUUGGACAGCACCCACAAGAACAAGCCCAUAUCUGACAAACGGUACACCUCACCACUCAGUCCCAAUGGAAGUAGGCGAGCGAGUAGAGACUCGACCGACAUUGCCUAGUCUUCCUCCACCACGUUCUCUGGAACGAGAAGCGGUACUCGUGAGUCGGGGAUCAGCACCAGCGCCAGCACCAGCGCCUGCACCAGCACCAGUUUCAGCAUCCGCACCAGCACCAGCGCCCGCACCGACAGAGGGGUAUAGAACCUCGCACCAGCCGAUACCACAUUCACGGACUCCCAUCUCUGAGUCUGGAGUCUCGCCUUACCGAGAGUCAAGCUAUGGAUAUCCUUACCACCACCCGACACGAUAUCAAUCACUAUCAGCGGGAUCUGCCCACUCAUUCGACCGUACGCCAUUCACGCCAGGUGCAUAUAACGCACCUUACCAAGAUUUUGUUCGUUUUGGAGAGAUGGGAUCUGCCAGCUUGAGCGGUGACAACAAACAACGAAAGCGAAGGGGCAACUUGCCCAAGGAGACCACGGAUAAACUCAGAGCAUGGUUUGUGGCACACCUUCAGCACCCUUAUCCGACCGAGGACGAGAAGCAGGAUCUCAUGCGGCAGACAGGACUGCAAAUGAACCAAAUCUCCAAUUGGUUCAUCAAUGCACGAAGACGCCAAUUGCCAACCAUGAUCAACAAUGCCCGCGCCGAAACUGACGCCAUGUCGAGCGCUCGAGGCGGUGACAUGAAGGUGCUCGCCACAACAGAGCGAGGCGACUUUGAUCACGGCAAGCGAGAGCCCGUUGGACCCCUUAGUGAUGGAGAGGGCGCCACUUACGAUGAAGAGCUUGAGGCGCUGAGCCAACGAAGACCUGGCACCAUGGGCAGGGGCAGCGUCUGA